GCCUGUGCCAGCUACAGCCUCCUCCGAGCCUCGGCGGGCGGGCGGGACCGGCCUCUCCUCCCGCCUCGCCCCCACCCCCACCCACCUCGAGCCCAGUGUCUCCGGCGGAGGGUUCGUCCCCGUUCAUGCGGGAUGAGCGAUCAGAAGAAGGAGGAGGAGGAGGAGGCGGCGGCGGCAGCGGCGGCGAUGGCUACGGAAGGAGGGAAAACCUCUGAGCCAGAGAAUAACAAUAAAAAACCUAAAACCUCAGGCUCCCAGGACUCUCAGCCCUCUCCUCUGGCUUUACUGGCAGCUACUUGCAGCAAAAUAGGGACUCCUGGUGAAAACCAAGCGACUGGACAGCAGCAGAUUAUUAUAGACCCAAGCCAAGGACUGGUGCAGCUUCAGAAUCAACCACAACAGCUAGAACUGGUCACCACGCAACUCGCUGGGAACGCCUGGCAACUUGUUGCUUCCACUCCACCCGCUUCAAAAGAGAAUAACGUUUCUCAGCCCGCCUCUAGUUCGUCUAGUUCUUCCAGCAGUAAUAACGGGAGUGCAUCUCCUACAAAAGCCAAGUCAGGGAACUCUUCCGCCCCCGGUCAGUUUCAAGUCCUACAAGUGCAAAACCCAAGUGGUAGCGUCCAGUACCAAGUGAUCCCACAGCUGCAGGCGGUGGAAGGGCAGCAAAUUCAAAUCAAUCCAAGCAGUAGUUCAUCUCUCCAGGAUUUGCAGGGUCAAAUUCAGCUCAUUUCUGCAGGUAAUAAUCAAGCUAUACUCACAGCUGCUAACAGGACAGCUUCCGGGAACAUCCUUGCUCAAAACCUGGCCAACCAGACAGUUCCUGUCCAAAUCAGACCUGGGGUUUCAAUACCACUGCAAUUACAGACCCUUCCCGGUACUCAGGCGCAAGUUGUAACAACCCUGCCAAUUAACAUUGGAGGAGUGACGUUGGCUUUGCCAGUGAUCAAUAAUGUGACUGCUGGAGGAGGGACCGGGCAGGUGGGCCAGCCUGCCACGACUACCGACAGCGGGACUUCCAAUGGGAAUCAGUUAGCCUCCACCCCCACCACCACCACGGCUUCCGCCAGUACCAUGCCAGAGUCUCCCUCCUCCUCGACCACCUGCACGACCACCGCCUCGACAUCCCUGACGAGCAGUGACACCCUGGUGAGCUCGGCCGACACGGGCCAGUACGCAAGCACAUCCGCCAGUAGUUCUGAACGCACCGUGGAAGACUCUCAGCCAGCGCCCACGGAGUCUGAAGCGCAGAGCUCCAGUCAGCUCCAGCCUAACGGAAUACAGAAUGCCCAGGAUCAGCCCAACUCUCUCCAGCAGGUGCAGAUCGUAGGCCAGCCCAUCUUGCAGCAGAUCCAGAUCCAGCAGCCUCAGCAGCAGAUCAUCCAGGCUAUUCCGCCACAGUCCUUUCAGCUGCAGUCAGGGCAGACGAUUCAGACUAUCCAGCAGCAGCCUCUGCAGAAUGUUCAACUGCAAGCGGUCAACCCGACUCAGGUGCUUAUCAGGGCUCCAACUUUAACACCUUCAGGGCAAAUCAGUUGGCAAACUGUACAGGUUCAGAAUAUUCAGAGUCUCUCAAAUUUGCAAGUGCAGAAUGCUGGGUUAUCCCAACAAUUAACCAUCACCCCAGUGUCUUCAAGUGGUGGCACAACUCUUGCCCAGAUAGCUCCUGUGGCUGUUGCUGGUGCCCCAAUAACUUUGAAUACUGCCCAGCUCGCUUCAGUGCCUAACCUUCAGACAGUGAGCGUUGCCAACCUGGGUGCUGCAGGCGUUCAAGUGCAGGGAGUUCCAGUAACAAUCACUAGUGUCGCAGGUCAGCAGCAAGGACAAGAUGGAGUAAAAGUCCAGCAGGCUACUAUAGCUCCUGUAACUGUAGCCGUUGGAGGAAUUGCUAAUGCAACGAUAGGUGCUGUUAGUCCUGACCAACUCACACAAGUGCAUUUGCAGCAAGGCCAGCAAACUUCCGACCAGGAGGUGCAACCUGGCAAGAGGCUUCGAAGAGUUGCAUGUUCCUGUCCUAACUGCAGGGAAGGAGAAGGCAGAGGCAGUAACGAACCAGGAAAAAAGAAACAACACAUCUGUCAUAUUGAAGGAUGUGGUAAAGUUUAUGGCAAAACAUCUCACCUACGAGCACAUCUUCGCUGGCAUACUGGAGAAAGACCUUUUGUCUGCAACUGGAUGUUUUGUGGCAAAAGAUUCACCAGGAGUGAUGAGCUUCAGAGACACAGAAGAACCCAUACAGGUGAAAAGAGAUUUGAAUGCCCAGAAUGUUCCAAAAGGUUUAUGCGGAGUGAUCAUCUCUCCAAACAUGUGAAAACACACCAGAAUAAGAAAGGCGGCGGGACAGCGCUUGCCAUUGUUACCUCGGGAGAACUGGACUCAUCUGUCACAGAGGUGCUGGGCUCCCCAAGGAUUGUCGCCGUGGCAGCCAUUUCUCAAGAUUCGAAUCCAGCAACUCCCAAUGUUUCCACCAACAUGGAAGAAUUCUGAAGCGACAUUUGUAACAGAGACCUCUAGUGCUGCACUUAAGUUUACACACCUUUGAAUAUCUGGAACUGGGCUGGUCACAUGGAUUACAGAGUAGGAAAUCAUGUUUUCAUUCUUGGCUUCUUUUAAGUAUUCCUAGGUUUGGGGCAACACAUGAAGUGUUGAAUUUUUUAAAAUACACAAAGCAAACCGCUGUACUGGAAACAGAAAAGUAUUUCCUCCGUGGUUGAAGUUGCAGUUGUGUGGAAGUAUGUCAUGUAACCUUGCAGUAGGGUCUUCCCCGCUGUGAGCAUCAUGUGUGCACAGAUUGAAAAAGACAGACCUCGGUCAUUUGUAGGCUGCACCUUAAUUGGACGUAUUUUCUUUGAAAGUACUUUCUUAUAAAUUCAGUCAAUAAUUUACAUACAUUUCUUUUUCUCUAUAGCACAGAAAACAGUCAACUAAUGAUAAGGAUAAUACUGUAUUUCCUUAGCUUGAUUUUUGGAAACUCAACCGAAAAUAGUUUUGGCCGUCUUUUCUAAAUGGUAGAAAUUCUUCAACAGUUGAAUUAGGUAAGUUCCAAAACAGUCUUCUGAGGUGCGUCUCAGAUCUUUAUUACCACUACAUUGUAGUAGUGUGUAUGCAGACAAUCAGUGAAGUCCAAUUGCUUUCUCCUUUUGGAGACAGAAGAGGAACCUAGAGCUAAAUCUUAGGUUAAAUUUUAGAUGGAAAACUUAGGAAAAUGCUGGGGGAAAAAAUGGUUAAAACAAAAUUCCUGAUAGCUUCAGAAAAGUAAGAUGAAGCAACUUGACAUGCAUUGUUUUAAAGUUAGGAUUGAUUCUAUUCCUAACACUCAGUCAAACCACGAGAUUUCAUUUUAAAUGUUUAUAUUGGGAAUAUUUGCGUAGAAUGUAAAUCAUUCUGUAGUUUCAUAUUGUGUAAAUAGGAGUUACGUUGACAAUGUGCAGAAUUCUUUAUGCUUUGACACAGUAGCCAAAGAACCAUCAACACUUUUUUUCAAGGCCAGCAGAAAAUCAUCUUUUAACUACAUUAUAAUUUUCAUUUUUCCUUACUAAAAAUUGGCCAAUCCCAUUUUAUUUCUAGUACUGUUAGAAAGUUAAUUAGGAAUUCAUAGCACAGUAAUGUCUUUAUGUCAAUAACUGAAUUUUCCCUAAAAUUUAGACAGCCUAGCAAAUAUAUAAUAGAUAUGAUAUUAUGGAGCAAAAAUUAUUUUUGAGAAAUCAGAAUAAUUUUCAGUCAAAUAGUGACUAAAUAAAAAAUAUAUUUCAUUCUAUAUGAAAGGGUCUUAUAGUCAAGAGUCUUAUUAGGAAAGAUGGCCAAAAAUUCCUUAUGGAAAAGAAAAAUGGAUAAUGCCAGUAGCUUAAACAUUAGUAAGAUUUAUCAUGUUUUUAAAAAGCAUUUCCACAGAAUCAUAAUUAGUGAAAUUGACCAUUUGAAAACUAAAGUUUUUACCUGCUUGGUUUAUUAACAGCAUUGGUUUGGGAACUGUUUGAAUACAGAUACGUACAUGUUUUCUCGUGCAUUCUCUAUGAUUUCAGGAAAAGUACUACUCAUGGGAAUUCUCUUCCAAAAUUGUGAUGUUUCUUGUAUUUUUGAUGAAGGAGAAAUACUGUAAUGAUCACUGUUUACACCAUGUACACUUCAGGCCAGCCCUUUGUAGCGUUAUAUAAAACUGAAGGCCUUUUGUGCUUUCAGUUUGUAUAAAAAAGCUUUGAGAUUAAAGGAAAAAAAAAUUUUUACACUGUGGUUAUAAAUUUCAAGUUUUCUUAAAGCUUUUGUAGACUUGUAACAAAGUCUUUAAAUUUUAAGUUGGAUUUUGUAAAUUGUUUUGUAUAUUUUAUUUAAUGUACUCUUAACAACUGAUGUAUCUGGCUUUACGACAUCAGAAUCAGUUUGUUGUUGUGUUUGGUACAGAGGAGCGUUUGGUAGUGUUCAUUUCAAUUUUUAUUAUAUAGGAGCUGAAACAUCAAAUAUAUAUUUUAUCUAUCAUUAUGCUACACAAUCAGUGCUAUAAAUUUUUUUAUGCAAAGAAACUUUCUUAAUGUUCCAAUCAUGUUUCCUCCGAGUGACACUUUCUGUUGUUUUCGUUGAUACCAAGAAUCAGCACUCUGCAUGGCAAUCCCAUGCACCAGUUUCACUGCAAACCUCUGUGUGUUCAUCAGAAAUGGAAAUUCAUUUUCUCAUCAACAAUGAGGCCUAUUAUAAAUUUAUCAAACUGGAUCUGGAUAGCUUUAUAGCAUAUAAAAUAUAUUAAUUUGUGUUAGCAGGUGCACAUUUCACCACCAGAAUUAGAAAUUUUUUGACAGUCUGCUCUGCAUACCAUUCUGAGUCCACUUUUCUGUCUUAGAAGAAUCGUAAAUCUCAAUGUCCUUUAUUUGACUCAGUGGGAAUAGCUGUUAUAAGUAAUAGGACACAGAUGUGCAGUAGAGUCUUGUUUAAUGGCAUUUCACUGUUCAUUCCCUUUGCCACCGUUAUAAAGCUUUUCUUUAUUGUAAUUAUCAGUGCAAAGCUAUGUAUUUAUCAUGGUAGAACUCCAGUGUUAGAAUAGUUUUUUCUUACAGUAUACUUUCUUUGGUUAGGUUUGUGUAUGUGUUGCUGAUUACAUUAGAACUUGAUGUUAAGUCAUUAUUUAUCACACUCUCAUGAGAGCAGUAAUAAAAGUGUGUAAUCUAGGGGAAAAAGUUAAUUUGUCAAACUUAGAUAAGCAUGAUGUUUAGGUCCUAUUUUUCAAUUUUAUAACUGUUUUAUUGCAACAAUAUUUGUAUUUAAGUCUCCAUUUUAAUGCCUUGUGGUGUUUUUUUAUGCAUGUCACUAAGUUGUCAUCCCACAUAAAUUGAUGUGCAGCAUAGGGUAUUAAAUCUACAUAAUGAUUUUAAAACAGAAAUAGUUGAUGGUAAAAUGUAAAUGUUUUGCAAAAAUUCCUUAUAAAAAGUUUUGUAGUAACAUUUCACUUGUAAAUUUUUUUGUAAAAAAAAAAGAAAAUGAAAAAAAAAGAUGAAUCCAGAAAAAAACUGUUUCCCAUAUCCUAGAAUUUAGACAAUUAUUCUGCCAGCAAAGCCUCCGGGGCUGUAACUGACAUUUUUACAGUGCUGAUUUGUAUAAAAUUUGUUUUUUGUGGAUUUGGAAAUAAAAUCAUGUACAAGUUGUUGCCUGCAAUAACAAUUGCAAGUAACCUAUUAAAAAUUCCCUUGAGUUUAACAUGUUUCAUUUAAUUAUGUAUACUAUAAAGCAGCAAUAAAUUGUUUGAACUAUCAACCUUA